AUGCAUUUCACAGCUGCUUCCUUGGCCCUUUUGGCCGGAGCUGCCACCGCUUAUCAACCAGGUCACUACCACCCAAAGCGUAUUAACAACGGUACCGUCUCUGCCACCGCUACUGAUAACGGCCAAACCACUUUGACCGUUUUCGCUACCACCGUCCGAACCAUCACCUCAUGCGCUGCUUCCAUCACCAACUGCCCAGCUCGUGCCACAUCCGCCGCUGAGGGAGCUUCCACCACCCCAGAAGUUAUUGUCGUUACCGAUACCGUUACCUUGGCCACCACUGUUUGCCCAGUCACCGAGGCCGAAUCUGCUAGCGCCGUCAUCACUAGCAAGCACUUGACAUCUGCUCUUGCAUCCCUCUCAUCUGCCAUUGCCAGUGCUGCCAGUGAAAGCUCUUUCUACGGUGCCACCACCACCAUUGCUAUCCCAGCUGCUUCCAGCGGAGUUGUUGGUGCUUCAACCACGGCUUCAUCCGCCACACCGUCCGCCACAGCCGAUGCUUGCGCAUCCCAAUGUAAUGCAUCAUACAACUCCUGCCGAAGUGCUCCAGAUGCAAACCGAGCCACUUGUGCUUCCAACUAUACAUCAUGCCUUGGAUAUUCCCCGUAUGAUAGCAAUGGAUCACUCGUCACCCCAACUGCUUGCUCCUCGUCAGUAGCAUCAACUACAGCUUCGUCCGCUACAUCAUCCGCCACAGCUGAUGCUUGCGUAUCCCAAUGUAAUGCAUCAUACAACACCUGUCGAAGUGCUCCAGAUGCAAACCGAGCCACUUGUGCUUCCAACUAUACAUCAUGCCUUGGAUAUUCCCCGUAUGAUAACAAUGGAUCACUCGUCACCCCAACUGCUUGCUCCUCGUCAGUAGCAUCAACUACAGCUUCAUCCGCUACAUCAUCCGCCACAGCUGAUGCUUGCGUAUCCCAAUGUAAUGCAUCAUACAACACCUGUCGAAGUGCUCCAGAUGCAAACCGAGCCACUUGUGCUUCCAACUAUGCAUCAUGCCUCGGAUACUCUCCAUAUGAUAGCAACGGAUCCCUUGUCACCCCAACUGCUUGCUCCUCGUCAGCAGCAUCAACUGCUCUCGGUGUUGAGUCAAGCCCAGCUGCUUCCGGUGUUGCCGCACCAACUGGAUCUUCCCCAUCCUCCGUCGUCGUUCCUCUCGGAACUGGCGUCGUUUCCGCCGUCCAAACCGUCACUACUAACGCUAGCCACACCUUAACCUACACUCUCGGCUCCGGUUCUUCCACCACCGUUGUCACCACCACCAUCAUUGAGACCUCCGCCUCUACCAUUUACGCCACCGUUACCCCAACUCAAACCGUUGCCGCUUCUUCCGGUGCCGGAUCCCCAGCUGGUUCCGCCGCUGCUUCUUCCGCCGCUGGUGUCGUCUCUGCUGGUGAAUCUACCACUUCCCAAACCACCACCGUCUACGGUACCUCCACCUCUACCCACUACGUCACCGUUUCAGCUGUUUCCUCUGGAUCUGCUGCUACUGGUCUCCCUGGUGUUAGCGCCAUUGCCUCAGGUGCUGGAUCUGCUUCCCCAUCCGCUUCCGCUGGUGCUUCCUCUGGAGAGACCACUGGUCAAGGAUCUGGAUCUGGAUCUUCCGGUUCCGGAUCAUCUGGAUCUGAGACCUGUGCUUGCGCCGAGGCCGCUACCGUCACCGUCACUGCUACCGUUGCCGCUCAAACCGUCACCGUUACUGCCGCUGCCGCUCGAUCUGAUGCCACUGGUGCUCUCUCCGGUAUCCAAACCGCUGUUGUUUCCACCGACGCUGCCGCUGCUACCACCGAUGCUUCCGUCGUUGUUAGCACUGCUACCGUUGUCCCAAUCCCAGCUACCACCGCCGCUGUCACUUCCAUCCCAUUGUACGGUAACGGAACUGUUGUUACUUCCACCAAGAAGUCCAGGUGCGCAUCUUCUGGUUUCUUGACCAGCAAGGCUAAGCCAACUGGUGCCAAGCCAACUGGUUACUAA